GCUAUUCGAGGCUUCGGCUGUCAAUCACCAGGUCCUGGCCGGUGAUUACUUGCUGGCACCUGGUGAUCUCUGAGUAUUACCAAUGGGGGAGAGAACUGUAUGUAAACAAUACAGUUUUCUCCUCUGUCAGCUCCUGCACACUGCUUUGUAUGGCUCUGCAUAGCAGAGCCACUGGAAAGCACAGACACAGCACACAUGGUAAAACACACACAGCACACAGUUAACCCUUUGAUCGCCCCAGAUGUUAACCCCUUCCUGCCCAGUGCCAUUAGUACAGUGUCAGUGCUUUUUAUUAGCACUGAUCACUGUAUUGGUGUCACUGGGGAUGUCAAUGGCACCAAGUUAGUUCCCCCCAGUGUCAGAAUGCCCACCGCAGUCCCGCUAUAAGUUGCUGA